AUGUCAACACUCUCUUCUGCCAAGCAGGUGAAUUCUGCUCAGCUUCAAGCUUGGUUAUCACAGGAAAAGAAAAAAGUCAUUGCCAACGGCAUUACCAUUGUAGACGUACGAGAACAUGACGAGGUAGAACAACAUGGCAAAAUUAAAGGUGCUAUCAAUGUCCCAUUUAAGUUGGAUACCACCAUGUUUUUAGCUGCCUUGUCAGAUAUUAAUAAGCAUAGCAAGGUGGUCUUUCAAUGCAUGUCGGGCCGUCGAAGUGACUCAGCGGCGAUUUUAGCUUCCAAACAUGGGUUUGAAGAUACCUAUAGUCUGUCAGGCGGUUUAAAAGAAUGGGAUGGUCCUAUUCAACCCUUUAUGAAUAAUCAUUCUCCUUGGGUUCAUACUCUUUUUGAUGCGGACACAGAAACUGCUCAAUACGUUGUCACAGAUUUGGCAACCAAGGAAGCUUACAUCAUUGAUCCCGUGUUAAACUAUGAUCCAUUUGCUUCCACUGUACAGCCAUUACUGGCAAAACAAUUAAUGCAACAUGUGGAGAAAUACGGUUUGAAUGUUUCAAAGAUUAUUGACACUCAUGUUCAUGCGGAUCAUUUGACAGGUGCAUUUUACUUGAAAUCUCACUUGCCAACCAAGCCCGAAUUCUGGAUGGGAAAAGACGUAACCCGAGUUCAAGAAGUAUUUAGUGAACGUUAUAAUUUAGACAAGAAUGAAUUAGAAACGGACGGGUCUCAGUUUGACAAACUUGUGCAUGAAGGCAUGGAAUGGACUUUGGGUAAAGAUAUUCAUUGUAGCGUUUUGGCAACACCUGGUCAUACACCUGCUUGUAUGUCUUAUCGUAUUGGUGAUGCUGCUUUUGUGGGUGACACCUUGUUUAUGCCCGAUAUAGGUACUGCACGAUGCGAUUUCCCAGGUGGAAGUGCGGAAACAAUGUAUGAGAGCAUUCAUAAAAUGUAUAACCACUGGCCUGAUGAUACAAGAAUUUAUGUUGGUCACGAUUAUCCUCCUGCAGAUCGUCCGUAUAAUGUCAUGACAUCGUUGGAAAAUCAUAAAUUAACCAACAAGAUGAUUAAUAGUACGGUGACUUUAGAAGAGUAUACAAAGAUGCGUAAAGAAAGAGAUUCUAAAUUAAAGGCACCUCGUUAUAUUCACCCAUCGAUUCAGACUAACCUCAGAGGUGGUAUUUUACCCACGCCUGAAAUUUCGAAACAUGAGAAAGAUGUGCUCCGUCAGUUCUUUAAGAUCCCCGUUAGAUUUGUUUCUUCAUAA